CAGUUCUUUUUCGUUCGCGGUGCGCUCAAGUUGCUCGAUUCGAGCGUCGCUGGUGAAACUCGUCGCGUGAUCCGUCGAAGGAAACACGUUUCGUACCUUGUUCAGCCAGCUGUGCUGUGAUGUGCUGAGUUGUCUCUUAAAUUAGACCAGGAACCAAACAGUUGCGAUUCCUCUGGAGGAGGCAGCAGCCUGCUUGAUAUGCCCUAUUGGGUGUGCUCCGCAGUUCGCAAUCCGCUGUUCACAUUGCAGUUUAAACAAAAACAAUUACGUAUUCAAAGUGAGCGAGAGAGGAAGCAAUAGAAAUAGCAACAAAAGCUCUUUGGGUGUGUGCUUCGCCAACAGCCGAAUUUAUAUGAAAUAUUUGACAAUAAAGUGAGCCUAAAAUAAAGCAGUGAGCAUCUCUAGCAAACAGCCAACAGCCAACAGCCGACCGAAGACAGGGAACGUAUCUGUUGAGAGUGUGGCAAAAAAACAAAAAGAGAAUCGGAGAAAAACAAGUUUCAUGCGCUAGCGAUUCUUGGAACUCGUGUAUUGUGAUUAAGCUGCUUGCGAUGAGGAAAAGACAAAGAAUCUGAAUUAUUCAUUACUUCCAGCUGCGUGACAAACGAAUAUGCCAAAUCAAUUGUGAAACAUAAACCAUGAAUAAUUCCAUACCAAUUCAGCCAGUAGCAUGCAUAUAAGAUACUCUGUAAAUAAGGAAAAACAAGGCCAAAAGCAUAUUUAAAUAUACAUAUAGAAAUAUAAUCAAAUCAAAGCUAUAUAAGUAGCCCUGAUAGUCAGUCUCGCCAAUUGCCCGAUGCCAAUCGCAAUUGUCUAGAACUCACACUUGGUCAGAUACUCAUUAAAUCUAAGCAUGGACGAGUUGCUCGACUCGAAUGUUCCACUUGUGGACAAGGAUAGCGGCUGCAGCGCCGUCAUACUGCCUGCCUGUAAGACAACAACAUUGGCAUCUACAGCAGCGUCCACACUGGAGCCUCUCAGUGUAGUUCACUAUAAAAGCAGCAAUAUUAGCCCAGCAACGUCAACAACAGAUGCAACAGAAGCAACAACAGCAACAACUGCUUCAACAGCCAUCUCAGCCCCAGCCCUUCUUCCAGCCAGCCAGCAAGGACCCAGCACAGCCAAAUCGAGCUCUGAGCCAGUUCCCCUGUUGAAUCAGCUCCAGUCGUUGCCUCUGCAAAAGCCAAACGACUUGAAGCAAUGCAACGCGCUCUAUGGCUCUCAGAACAACUUGUGCAAUGGCCGGCCCAGCAAUCACGGCCUGGCUCCCAAGAUACAAAACAACACCACCACAAGUCCCAAUGGGCAGAAGAAGGGCACCAUUUCGCUGUCGCAUCUGCCCCAGCGACCGCCGGUGGACAUCGAGUUUUGUGAUAUCUCCUACUCGGUGCCGGACGGACACAUACGGGGCUUCAAGACCAUCCUGAAGAGCGUCUCCGGCAAGUUUCGCAAUGGAGAGAUAACGGCCAUAAUGGGCCCCUCCGGUGCGGGCAAGAGCACCUUGAUGAACAUUCUAGCUGGCUAUAAAACGUCCCAGCUCAGCGGCUCGGUUUUAAUCAACAGCAAGGAAAGAAAUCUUCGGCGUUUCCGCAAGCUCUCCUGCUACAUCAUGCAAGAUGACGUUUUGAUAGCCAAUCUGACAGUACGAGAGGCGAUGAUGGUGGCCGCCAAUCUCAAGCUCGGCAAGAACAUGAUCAACUAUGCCAAGUGUGUCGUCGUCGAGGAGAUACUGGAGACCAUUGGCCUAAAGGAGUCGACUAACACAUUGACGUGUAAUCUUUCGGGCGGUCAGCGCAAGCGCCUGUCCAUAGCCCUGGAAUUGGUCAACAAUCCGCCAGUGAUGUUCUUCGACGAGCCAACCUCCGGCCUGGACAGCUCGACAUGCUUCCAGUUGAUAUCGCUGCUAAAGUCGCUGGCGCGCGGAGGCCGCACCAUAGUCUGCACGAUUCACCAGCCUUCGGCGCGCCUCUUCGAAAAGUUUGAUCAUCUCUAUCUGCUGGCACAGGGACAGUGCGUGUACGAGGGCCGAGUGCACGGGCUGGUGCCGUACCUCUCGUCCCUGGGAUAUGAAUGCCCUUCGUACCACAACCCAGCUGACUAUGUGCUAGAGGUGGCAUCGGGCGAGUACGGCGAGGCAGUGCCCAAGUUGGUCGAGGCUGUCAAGAGCGGAAUUUGCAAGAAGUACACGCACAAGGAUUACGGAGUCAAUUUAUCGAGCGCCAAGUCCAUCAACAAUGAUAUUAUCAAGGGCAACGGCAGCGGCGCAGCUUCAACGCGUGCCGUUGCGACGAUCACCCUGGAGGACGAGAAGUCGGCCAAUGCAUACGAAGCAGACGAGCUAACGGAGCUCAAACCACCGAAGCUGAAGGCCCAGCAAUCCCAGACCUCCGACUGCAGUGGCGUCAACAUACAGAUAACCAACGAUGACAGCGGCAGCUUUAGUUCCUCCAAAGGUGGUCAAAGCCAGAACGCCGUAUCCGGUGGCACGAAUACCGUCGUCGGCUGUAUGACUUCGCUGCUCGACUCCCACGAGAGUGUCGUUACGCUGCCCAGUAAGACGGGCUUCCCGACCAGCGGGUGGACGCAGUUCUGGAUACUCUUGAAACGCUCGUUCCGCACAAUUAUGCGGGAUCGCAUGCUGACUCACAUGCGACUAGCCUCGCAUGUCAUUGUGGGCGCGAUCAUUGGAAUGAUCUACUAUGAUGUCGGCAACGAGGCUAGCAAGAUUAUGAGCAACGCUGGCUGCAUAUUCUUUGUCGCGCUGUUCACGACGUUCACGGCCAUGAUGCCCACCAUUCUGACCUUUCCCACAGAGAUGUCGGUGUUUGAGCGAGAGCAUCUGAACUAUUGGUACUCCCUGAAGUCGUUCUACUUUGCAAAGACUCUCGCUGACAUUCCCUUUCAGAUCGUCUUCUCCAGUGUGUUCGUACUGGUUGUCUACUAUUUAACCUCUCAGCCCAUGGAAAUAGAACGCAUCUCAAUGUUCGUGUUCAUUUGUGUGCUCAACUCAUUAGUGGCUCAGUCCCUGGGACUACUCAUUGGUGCCGGAAUGAAUGUCGAAACGGGAGUCUUUCUUGGGCCCGUGUCGACCAUUCCAACAAUUUUGUUCUCGGGCUUCUUUGUCAACUUCGAUACUAUACCGGGCUACCUGCAGUGGCUGACAUAUGUAAGCUACGUGCGCUAUGGCUUUGAGGGUGCUAUGGUUUCGAUUUAUGGCAUGGACCGCGCAAAGUUGCACUGCAAUGAGAUCUAUUGUCACCAUCGCGUUCCCAAAAAAUUCCUGGAGUGGAUGUCCAUGGAGGACGCCCGUUUCUGGGUCGAUGCGGUUGCUCUGAUAGGAAUCUUCUUCGCUCUGCGCAUUAUUGCAUACUUUGUGCUCCGCUGGAAGCUGCACAUGAUACGUUAAGGAGCCAUCGAGUAGCCGUAUCAAACUAUUGUAAAUAGUAAAUGGGAGACGCGCAAUUGGAAUUAAUGUUCGAGUACUGUAGAUAGGCGUAGCUUAAUGGUGCUUCGAAUUUUUGUUUCACGUUUACUUUGCUGUAGACUCAACUACGAUAUAACAAGAUUAUAUAUUACCGUACGCUGAUUUUGUAUUCAUACUGUUUCCAUCGUAGCUGUUCGAUGUAGGAAAUACGAGGCGGAAUAUUAGAUCCGGAAUAUUUGAGUAACACAAUUUGAGAUUCACAUAUAUAGACCUAACAUUGUACAUUUAUAAAUAGACAUGGAUGAUUUAUUAGCGUACCAAAGGCACGUUCUAACCUUCACAUUAUAUAGCCCAUUCAAGUAAAAAUCUUGUGACCAAGCAUAAGAGUCUGAAACUUAAAUAGGUUGAAAAUUAUAACAAAUUUUAGACAAGUUGUGAAGUAGCUAACAUACAUACAUA